AUGGUUUAUGCCAGCUUUCAUCUGCAUGAUGCUCUUGUAUUAGCCAGCUUUAAACCUCAUACUGCUCUUGCUUUUUCCAGCUUUCAUCUGCAUGAUGCUCUUGUAUUAGCCAGCUUUAAACCUCAUACUGCUCUUGCUUUUUCAAGCUUUCAUCUGCAUGAUGCUCUUGUAUUAGCCAACUUUAAACCUCAUAAUGCUCUUAAUUUAGCCGGCUUUAAACCUCAUAAUGCUUAUGCUUUAGCCAGCUUUCAUCUGCAUGAUGCUCUUGUAUUAGCCAGCUUUAAACCUCAUACUGAUCUUGCUUUAGCCAGCUUUCAUCCGCAUGAUGCUCUUGCAUUUAGCUAUCAUCAUUGUGAUGCUCCAGCAUUAUCCAGCUUCCAUCAUGAUCCUGUUACUAUCAUCCAGCUUCCAUCAUGA